CACACAAAAAACAGAUUAGUGAAAGUUCAACCGUUCAUCAAAUCACAAGUACCGACGACGGAUCGGUAGCGGGCGUUUUUUGACUGUCGGGGACGGCCGGGCCGGGGAUCUAGCGCGCAGAGCGGGCGGGGCCAAGCACAAAAUUCGGUCACCAACACGGCAACAAGGAACCAGAACUCAGACAAAAGAUCAAAAGGAUGCCUGACAUUCUGAUGCUACUGUGAAAAUGGCUGCCAUUUUGAAACAGUGUCGGCUGUUGCACAUUGGUCAGUUUCGCCAAAGCAUACGCCAACUGCACCUCAACUCAAGAAAACUUGUUUGGGCAUCCAACAAGACACUUAGGAGCUAUACUCCAUGCUGUACCAGGACAUCACAUCCGUUAAAAGUAGCUGCGUCACACCAGCCAGUGAGAACAUUCCUGUCUGCACUGUCAGCCACUGGUUUCAAUGAUUACGAACUUGGUAGACGUCAGUUUCAGCUGGACGUUCCUGAGUACUUCAACUUCGCCAGUGAUGUUCUGGACGUUUGGGCGCAAAAAGAACAGGCAGGCACAAGGGGCUCCAAGACCCCUGCCUUGUGGUGGAUUGACGACCAUGGAAGUGAUAUCAAGUGGAGUUUUACAGAUCUCCAGGACAAAUCAAAGAAGGUGGCCAACAUACUUACCAACGAUUGUGACUUAUCGAGGGAUGAGUCUGUGACGGUCAUACUACACAGAAUUCCCGAAUGGUGGCUUGUCAACAUUGCCUGCUUACGCACUGGUACCAUUCUAAUCCCAGGUACUACACAGUUAACAGCACGGGACAUCAGGUACCGUCUGCAAAGCUCGGAAACCGCUUGUAUCAUCACAGAUGAACACACUGCUCCUCUUGUAGAUGAGUACAUAUCUGAGUGCCCCAGUGUGAAAUCUAAACUGCUCAUAAGCAGCAGUGGUGAAUCUAGACCAGGAUGGCUGGAUUAUCACGAACUGUACGAAAAAGCCGACAGUCAACACAAGUGUGUCAAGACUCGUAGCGAUGAGUCAAUGACAAUGUUCUUCACCAGUGGAACUACUGGCAAGGCCAAGCUGGCUGUACACACACAUGCUAGCUAUGGUCUUGGUCACUUCAUCACAGGAAAAUACUGGUUGGAUCUGACUCCAACUGACAUCCAUUGGAAUAUGUCCGACACCGGCUGGGCCAAGUCGGCCUACAGUAACUUCUUUGGUCCGUGGGCCCAGGGGGCGUGUGUCUUCAUAAGCUACACGGCGAGGUUUGAUCCUGUCCACACACUGGAGCUGCUUCAUAAGUACCCAGUCAGCACGCUCUGCGCGCCUCCCACAGCAUACCGCAUGAUGGUGCUUGAAGAUCUGAGCAAGUAUAACCUCAAGUCAAUCCGGCAUACCGUCAGUGCUGGGGAACCCCUGAACCCAGAAGUGAUGGAAUCUUGGAAAGCAGGCACAGGCUCCAUGAUUCAUGAGGGAUACGGACAGACAGAAACAGUGCUACUGACAGGCAUGUUCAGGUGUCUGGAGCCAAGAUCAGGAUCCAUGGGUAAGGCAGCCCCUGGGUUUGAUAUCAGCAUUGUGGACGAAGACGGUAACGAACUCCCUCACGGACAGGAAGGGGACAUUGGGGUGAGAGUCAAGCCCCACCGUCCCGUUGGACUCUUCUCUCAUUAUGUGAAUGAUCCAGAGAGGACGGCCAGGGCAUACCGUGGGGAUUUUUACCUCACAGGAGACCGAGCAGUCGCGGACGAUGACGGUUACCUGUGGUUUGUUGGACGCGGUGAUGACAUCAUCAACACAUCAGGGUACCGGAUUGGUCCAUUUGAGGUAGAGAGCGCCCUCAUUGAGCACCCGGCAGUAGCGGAAUCGGCAGUUGUCUCCUCACCGGACCCAAAGAGGGGAGAGGUUGUCAAGGCCUUCAUUGUACUGACUGCAGACUACAAGUCUGAAGACAAAGAGCAGCUGACGCAGGAAAUACAGAACCACGUGAAGAGCAUCACAGCGCCUUAUAAAUACCCUCGCAAGAUUGAAUUCAUGGAGUCUCUUCCCAAGACAGUAAGCGGUAAAAUCCGACGGGUGGAACUCCGGAACCAGGAAUGGAAUCAAAAAGUUGGAUGAAUUGCUGGAUUGCACUGAUUAUUCGCUCUUCACUAAUUGCCUUUCUCAAUUGUAUUCAUUUAAAAUAUAUAUUUUUUUAAAAUUUUCUCACUGGAGAUAGAAAGUGAUAGAUGAAGGUUCUUAAUCAAUUAUUUUCCAGCUCUAUAAUUGCUUUUUUUUUAAUAAAUAAGUUUUUUAAUCACAAAUAUAUUCAGCUUUCAAGUGAAUCAUGUAGUUGUAGUAUUAUCGUGAAAUUUGAUUUACAUGUAUUCUUGCUUACAAAUCAUGUACCAGAAAUUGUAAAAAAAAAAUUUUAAAUUUUCUUUUUUUGUACAAAUCUUUCAAUUAAGACCAUAUUAAAAGACAUUUAAUUUCCAUAUACCUAUGUAAACACAACUUAAAAAAUAAAGGUUACAUAAAUGAUAGACAUCCAUGGUAAUUGUCAUUUCCCAUCUGUUCAUGCAAUAUACUUUUUUUUUCAGUUAAAUAUUUUAGGUAGAGGUAGAUUUAACUACAUUGAAAAGAUUUUUCGUUCAAAUACACCAACUCUUAACAUUCAAUUUCGUCCACGAAAAAUUUCACAUGCAUUUACCAAAACCAAUUUAGUCAUUUACCAUUAUAGGCCAUCAGCCUCGGUCCAAAAUGUUGGCCACUGGUAUCAAAUGAGGGGAAUAAUCGUCAAAGCGAUUUUUGGCAGGGUAUACACCUACAGAGUUGGAAAAUAUGUGAUAGCAUUGCAGCAGUGGUAGCUUUUUGGGUGUUAUUACCUUUUUUCCAAUGUCCAUCAAAAUGCGUGUUCCCACUCUAGGGGCAGUAGACCUUGCGCAUGUGCACUAUAACCAUUUAUGAUUUGAUACUGACCAAACACCAGGCUGAUGGCCUAUUAAAUUUCAAAGUUUGGUCAUCCUCUUUAGUCACUGGGUCGAGAAUAUUCGUCAUUACUGAUCAAAUUCGUCUAAGCUGUUGUGGAAUGGCAUCAUUCUGAGAUCGAAUUCGUCUUUAUAAAUCAAUUAGACGAAUUUGAUUUCUGAAUAACAAGGUUUGGCGUACACGAGACGAAAUGGAAUACUCUGGGACGAAAAUGUGUGCCCAUUGUUUCAAUUUGCUUGAAUUGAAUUUGAAAUUGUUUCGACAAAAGAUAAAAUUAUACAUUGGAAGUGCACAGAAUCGAUGUUGCUGGACGAAUUUGAAUAUAGAAACAGUGAAUUCGAAUGAUAAAUGUUUUAAAGUAGCCAGGAAAAUGUAUAUUAACUUUUCAAAUUUCCACAUUGCGUAAAAUUGCGUAAUUUCUGUAUUUAUCUGAAGAUUAAACAAUGUUAUUUUUAAUGUACAGUCAAAUUUUGUAACAUGCAAAGAAACCUUGAUUUUUAGUAAAUUUUCACCGAUGCUUUUACAUCGGGAUGAUUCCGGCCUGAAAUGUCCGUAAUGUUUUGAUCAUAAUUUUUUAUAAUGCUUAAAUUUAUUCUAAUCAUUUUGGGAUAUUAAAUACAGAUGCCAAACUAUGCAUCUUAUUUUAAAUAAGAAUCAAUUAUGGGAA